AUGGGCGGCCCGAUGAAUCGCGGCUCGCGUCACCGCCCGUCGUCAUUGGCAGGACACCCACCACCGACAGCCGCCAGGGUCCAAGGAGUUCAAAUGAGCCGCACGCGCAUCCCCAGAUCUCACGUGCACAAGGCCGCCGCCCUCAUCGUCGAUGAGGACUGCCAUUCUCGCCGCCAUGCAAAUCGGCUAGUUUCCCAUGCCAUCUCUGGCGGACGGAUCCGUGCUGCCGGGUCGCCGCCCGCCCGCGGCGUCGCAUCAGCCUCCCACAACGGCACCACCAACACGUCAGAGCCCACUCCCCUCCCGUUGUCGAUGCACUGGUGA